AUGAGGGAGUUCAGCGCCUUCCGCGUCAUCCUCGUGGUCAACGUGGCCAGCGACUGCGGAUACACGGACAAGAACUACCGCGAGCUGCAGGAGUUGUACGAGAAAUACCACGACGAGGGCUUCAUGGUGCUGGGCUUCCCGUGCAACCAGUUCGGCGGCCAAGAGCCUGGAACUGCCGAGGGCAUCCUCAAGUUCACGCAAGAGAAGUACCACGUGACGUUCCCUCUCUUCACUAAGGUGGACGUUAACGGUGAUAACGCGCACCCGCUGUUCAAGUUCCUCAAGCAGCAGCUGGACGGCUUUAUCACCAACGACAUCAAGUGGAACUUCACCAAGUUCUUGGUGGUGAACCACGAGCCAUUCAAGCGCUACGGUACUACGACGUCUCCGUUGGAGAUGGAGAACGACAUUGUACAGGCGCUUCAGAGCAGCCAGCACGUCGACGAGUUCGACGAUGGAGGCGCUACGGACGGCGACUACGGUGACGCCCACGACGAGUUGUGA